CAAACAGAAGAAUAAAGAUAUAAAUUAUCACCAAACUAAAAGCAGAACUGGAUACAUUUAAUCUUCGUCUUAUUUUAACUAAGUACACGGGAUUCUCGCUCAGUAUACAAGCUGCCAGUUAUGCUCUUUUUUUCUAUGCAGAUCAUUAUCUAUAAAACCUAAUUUAGUAUCUAAAACAUUUAUGUUACUCUGACACGCCACCUCAGUGAAUACUUUAAAUUGCUUGUUACAAAAGAUGCUAUCUUACACUUAUCAAACAUGAUGGCAACGCUGUAUAGCUCUAAAUCUUUACACUUACUAAUCCCAUUGUAUCUCAUAAAGCUACUUUGAUACUAACAGAUACUUACAUGUGUGCCAAGUAAGGGAAAACACUCCAGGCCCUGUAAUUUUAGGGCAAAACCAACAGUGGAUGACAUAGCAAGUUAUAAUGAGUGUUUGUGGCCCUGGGCCAGUGCUUAAGUGAGGACAUGUGUGUUUACGCAUGCAGGAGUACAAUUUUAGAAGCCAGGUGGGUGCAUCUACACUUUGUCAUGGCGCUAUUGUAAAGCAUCUAAAUGUGGGGGUGCUUUUAAAGUGAAAUUAUCCACACAGUCAAGGGCCACACAUGUUUUCGUAAGAUCAAAAGCUGACACAAAAAUGCCUGCCGUGGCGGGCUGUCAUGUCAUGUGCGCAGCGGGGAAUAAAAGGAGACAGUGACUUGGACUCCAGUUGACAAUGGAGAUAGACUGGGACCAGUAAUCCCAGAGGAGAGGUGGAGAGAAAGAGAGAGAGAGAGAGAGCGAGCGACACCCACGCAAGGCCAGGUAGGGAGGCUAUAAAAGCACUGCCUAAAUUCACUGGAACAUGCACUUAGUGUCAGCCUGGGUGUGAGUGAAGAUUUGACACACCCACCCACCCCCACACACACACACACACAUAUAUAUAUAUAUCUAUAUGUCUGCGAAUCAUUUGUACUACAACACCAAAAUAUGUGAACAAGCACGCUGAGUGAAAGAAUUUUGUAAAGCAGGUGACGCUCGACUAGCUGAAAAGAUGCAGAAGUUGCAGAAGAGUUUGGGCUGUUUGUUCCUUCUCGGCUGCAUCUGUUUGACUGAGUGCCGGGUGCUGAAGUUUGUUGUAGCUGUGUUCCGGCACGGAGAUCGAUCACCUAUUGAGUCGUAUCCCAGGGAUCCAUACGGGGAGGAAGUGUGGGCUCAGGGUUUCGGACAGUUGACUGAGCUGGGCAUGAAACAGCAGUUUGAACUGGGCCGGUUUCUAAGGAGGCGUUACGGAAAUUUCCUCAGUGAAGACUAUAACAGCAAAGAGAUAUAUGUGCGGAGUACUGACUACGACCGCACUCUGAUGAGUGCCCAGGCUUGCCUUGCUGGGAUGUUCCCCCAAACCAGACCCAUCAUGCCCCAGUUACUGUGGCGGCCUAUUCCAGUGCACACCAUCCCCAGAGCCCUCGACAAGUUGCUGAGGUCACCAGGUAAAGACUGUCCAAGGUUCAGCGCGAUGAUGACAGAGACCUUCGAGAGUCAUCCCUACCAGAAGUUCCUUAAAGCUCACCAGUACUUUGUGGAGGCUCUCUCCAACCACACUGGCUACCCCGUGUCCAAGCUGGUUGGCAAAAAAAUAUGGAGGGUCCACGACACUCUUAACUGUGAGAGGAUUCAUAACUUGACUCUGCCACGCUGGGCCACCCAAGAGGUCUUGGACACCCUGAGGAGAAUAGCUUCCUUUGAGGUCAUGUACAGCAUCCACAGUCACAAGCGAAAAGAGAAGGCCAGGCUCUCGGGAGGAGUCCUGCUGAAUGCCAUCCUGAGGAAUUUCUCUAAGGCUGUAGAGCAAGGGAGCACUCUCAAAUUCAUUAUGUACUCAGCUGUAAGUGCAUUGUUUGUGUACGAGCACACAUUUAUAAUCUGCUGUGUAAACUGCUGCUUGAUGUACUGUAUCUCCUCGCCUUCUUAUUGCUGUGGUGCUUGUUCCUCGUUCCAGCAUGACUCUACACUCAUCACCCUCCAGGCAGCUCUGGACGUGUAUAACGGGCUUCUUCCUCCUUACGCUGCCUGUCAACUCUUUGAGUUCUACCAGGAGCAUGAUGGAUCCUAUUCUGUGGAGCUGCACUACCACAAUGACUCUCGAAACAACCCCUACCCCAACCCUGUGCCAGGAUGCAACGGGAUGAGCCCUUGUCCUUUAUCCUUGUUUAAUGAGCUGGUGAAGGACGUACUGGAGGAUGACUGGCAGGCCGAGUGUGGGUUUAAGACAAAAUGGUCAAGCACAGGUGAAGAAGUUCAAGUUUAUAAUCUGUGUCUAUGUCUGUAUUUGGUGUUGCCACCAGGUUUCAGUGCAACAUGUUUAUUACCAGAUUCAUUUUGGGGGGGUGCUUGUCUGGGAUUAUUCAGAACAGACGGCCUCAUUUAAACAUAUCAAGGCUUUUGGAUAUUUGCCAUGUGUAGCUAAACAGUUGUUGUCUCCCACAGGUACCAUAACAGCUCUUGCAGUGGCUGUGGGACUCCUGGCGGUGGCGCUGUUGUUCAGUAUAGGGGUGAUAAUCCUCAGGCGGAGAGGACAGUACUCCAGGGAAGUGUAGCAGAG